CGUAGCGUACCUUCUACAAACAACAAACAUUGAUUUGACGAGCCGCUGGACGAGACGGAGCGAUCUUCAGAUUUGCAUUUUCCAUUUCUUGACUUUAUUGAUACAUUCAUUUCGUUAAUUUAUUCAUUUAUCAAUACAUUUUCAUCUGAAUUACUCAGUGUCAUAUUUUUGUCUGGUUUUAACAUUUCUUGUUUUUAACGUAUUCUCAGUCCGUGAGUUGUUAUUUUCACAGGUCAGAUGACAUCGUUCAUCGGAGGAAGCUCUUGUGGAGCUGGCGUACCGAGGGAUCAGAUCGCCUCGUUGUUCGUGGGGGACCUUCAUCCAGAAGUGUCCGAGUUCGUCCUCCAUCAGACGUUCAGCCCGUUCGGUCCGAUCCAGUCCGUGCGGGUCUGCAGAGACAGGGUGACUCGGCGAUCCCUGCGGUAUGGUUAUGUUAACUUUGUUAACCACGCCAAUGGUAAGUUAUCUCUCCGUUCUUCACCGUGACAUCUUGGUAAUAAACAUUUGAAUUUGAAAUUUCAGUCUUGUGUAUUUUUCUCCUCGAUGUUGUUUCCUGUAAAUCAUCUUUCAAUUAAGCUAUGUGAAGUGUGCCGUACAAACAAACUUGCUACGUCUUGUCUCUUAUCAACUCUGUCUUUCAGCUGAGAGCGCCAUGGACAGCCUUAUGUGUCAGGAUCUUCUGGGCAGACCCAUGCGGAUCAUGUUCUCCCAGCGUGAUUCCACUCUGAGGACGACUGGGGUCGGGAACAUCUUCAUCAAGGGUCUGGCCAGCAGCAUCGAUGGUGCCCGCCUUCAUGACAGCUUCUCAAUUUUUGGGAAGAUCCUGUCCUGCAAGGUAAUAUCUGCAGUUUGAUUGUUUUCCUGUAUAAGGUAGAUCAUGUGCUGAUGUCUGAAUUCAUGUCGGUUGUCAAGGUGGUCUGCGAUGCACAUGGAUCCAAAGGUUAUGGAUUCGUCCACUUUGCCACCUUUGAAGCGGCAGAGAAGGCCAUCAAAGCGCUUGAUGGCAUGUUGUUGGACGACCAGCUAGUGUCCAUUGGCCACUUUAAAACCUUUCAAGAGCGUCAUGUUGAGCAGCAGGUCAUGGCUCAGGACAAUGAGAGGCACUACCCGGGGGUGAGUCUGUACGUGUGUAACCUGCCCUACAGCUUCAGUGAGCAGCAGCUGUACAGAGCGUUUUCACCGUUCAAAAACGCCUUGACGUUCAGCCUGAAAACCAGCUCGCGCUCCAGCCCGUCAGUCGACAGACAGCAGCGUGCGACCUCGCUCAGAGUCAGUAGCCUCUUCAUAUCUUACUCAUUCUGUAAAUGA